AUGGUAAAGUUCACCAACAUCAGUCACAAAGGACUAUCGUCACUGCAGUUUUUGAAAAACAACGAAAACGAUUACGUGGUUCAGUUCUCCGCUGCAGAGACGACGAUUAACAACAUGGUCACCAAAACUGGGAUGAUCAGUGGCUAUCGAGAUGAAGACCUUAACAUCGAUGGAAUUAAGGUAACUAUCUUAGCGAUUAUCCUACUCCCGUAUUCAAAUAAAGCAAUUAAAUGACU